UAUAUAUAAUAUAUAUAAAUAUGAAUGAUCCUUGUUCGUUUUUGUUCACCCGUGAGAUCUACAACUUUGCAGGAGUGAAUAGAAUCAUAGCAUAGCAGAGACUCGUGGCAGAUGAAAAGAAAAUCAGAGAAAAAAGGAUUUGACUGGAUUUAUCAGGGGAUGCUGCUUUCUUGGAUUAGAAUCGAGAGUUUUAAAGGGUAAUUAAUUAACAAGUUUCAGCUGGAUUGGAUUGACUUUCAGUCUUGUUGAGGAGAUGAAGUAAAUUAUCAGUAAGGUUGUGGUGGUGGUGACUCCAUUUUGCUAUGAAAAGCAGGUUGACUUUAUGGAAAGUAUCUGAUGAUCAUAGCUAAUGUUGGAAGGAACAUUAAUUGGCUAUUUCACCGGUGUCCACGUCGGAGCUAGUUUUUGAAUUGCAAGUCCUUUUCCUUCAAUUCUCCUGUUUACCGUAGUUCAUAUUUCGAACUGCUAAUGUCUUGGUGAAUGAUUUGGGAAUUGUAAUAGAGGGAAUGUUUUGCUAGUAAUACACUUUACUAGCAGGUUCCAGGAAUAUAAUUUAUGGCUAAGUAAGACUUUUUGCUACUUCAAAGUGUUUCUCAGUGUCAUUAUUUGUCAGUAGCCUUAUUCUUGUUGGAACUGAAGAGUAAAAUGGAAGCAGAGACUUUGAAAGCCUAUCACAUUCCCAGUUUUCUUCACCCGUCACUUCCAGUUGUUUUGCCUGUGCUUAUGAUUGCAAUAGGAUAUGUUGACCCAGGAAAAUGGGUGGCAGUUGUUGAAGGUGGUUCACGGUUCGGAUUUGAUCUGAUGGCCUUCACACUUAUCUUCAGUUUUGCAGCUAUCUUCUGUCAGUACAUAUCAGCAAAAAUUGGUGUAAUCACGGGAAAAGAUCUUGCUCAGAUUUGCAGUGAUGAAUACGAUAAUUGGACAUGCAUGCUUCUUGGAGUUCAAACAGAACUUUCAGUGAUUAUGCUUGACCUUAACAUGAUGUUGGGCAUGGCACAUGGCUUAAAUAUUCUUUUUGGAUGGGACUUGUUCACUUGUGUGUUUUUAACUGCUACUGGGGCUGUUUUCCAUCUACUUCUUGUUGUCCUCCUUGACAUUGAGAAGGUGAAGAUCCUAGGCCUGUUUGUGGCAGGUUUUGUGCUGCUUUCUUUUAUACUUGGAAUCCUCAUAAAUCAACCAGAAAUUCCAUUACCAAUGAAUGGAAUAAAAACAAAAUUGAGUGGGGAGAGUGCAUUUGUGCUAAUGAGUCUUCUAGGUGCAACUCUUGUGCCUCACAACUUUUACCUUCAUUCUUCUAUUGUACAGUGGCAUCAGGGAUCAACAACCAUUUCAAAGGAUGCCUUAUGUCAUAACCAUUUUUUGGCCAUUAUAUGUGUCUUCAGUGGCCUUUAUUUGGUAAAUAAUGUACUGAUGAAUGCUGCAGCAAAUGAGUUCUACAGUAUGGGUCUUGUUUUGGCUACUUUUCAGGAUGCGUUAGCGCCAGUAGAACAGGUGUUGCGGAGUCCGAUAGCUCUGCUUGCGUUUUUGCUCAUUCUGUUUCUUUCAAAUCAAACCGCAGCACUAACUUGGAGUUUAGGUGGAGAAGUAGUUGUGCAUCGUUUCUUAAAAUUGGAUAUUCCUGGAUGGCUUCAUUAUGCUACAAUUAGAGUAAUUGCCGUUCUGCCUGCCCUUUAUUGUGUUUGGAGUUCAGGAGCUGAAGGGAUGUAUCAACUACUUAUAUUCACUCAAGUGGUGGUAGCUCUGCAACUUCCAUCUUCUGUGAUCCCCCUUUUCCGUAUUGCAUCAUCUAGAUCAAUAAUGGGUGUACACAAGAUCCCACAAUUUGUGGAAUUUUUAGCAUGGGUCAUAUUUAUUGGGAUGCUUGGCUUGAAUAUGGUCUUUGUUGUAGAAAUGAUAUUUGGUAAUAGUGAUUGGGUGGGAAAUUUGAGAUGGAAUAUUGGGAAUGGUGUAUCUAUUUCUUAUUUAUUUCUUCUCUGCACUGCUUUCGCAUCAUUCUGUUUGAUGCUUUGGUUAGCUUCCACACCAUUAAAAUCUGCUAGUGUCCAGUCAGAUGCUCAGGCAUGGAACUGGGACAUGCCAAAGGCCAUACCAAAUACAUGGAUUGCUAAUGAGAAAUCAGAGGUAACUGAAACAAGGUAUCAUGGAGAUGAAUUUGUUCAGGUAAAGGAACCAACACCAGCUCUAGCAAGGACCCCAGAGUACUCAGAUGCACCAGUUGCCAGUUUUCAUCCUGAUCUCUCUGAAACUAUCAUGGAGCCUGAUCUUCAUGUGACUACUGUAAGUGAGACUCAUUCAAUUACAUCAUUUCCUUGCUCCCAAACAUCUGUUGUGAAGGAAUCAGCUUCCACUUCAGAAUCAGAGGCAGUGUCAGAUGUAAUUAGUGAAACGCCUGAUUUUAGAUUGGAAGAUGCCAGAAGUUCAGAUAUGGAAGCACAUGCUCCAGUCGAGAAAACUGUAGAAGUUGAGCAGGAUUUAAAUGCUGAAAGGGAUGAUGAUGAUGUAGACUUGUGGGAAACUGAAGAAACAUCCAAAGCAGUCUCAGCAAGUGCCCCGUCUUCAGCGUCGGAUGGCCCAGCAUCAUUCAGGAGCCUUAGUGGGAAAAGUGAUGAUGGGAGUAAUAGCAUUGGAAGCCUUUCGAGACUUGCAGGUUUAGGCCGUGGCGCAAGGCGUCAGCUAGCUGCUAUUCUUGAUGAAUUCUGGGGACAACUUUAUGAUUUCCAUGGGAAAUUUACCACGGACGCUAAGGCUAAGAGGCUGGAUGUUUUACUAGGAGUAGAUUCGAGGCUCGCCGGCGGCUCUUUGCAGAAAGUGGAUUCAAAUGCAAAGGAAUAUUCUGAAUACCUAAUUCCCGUUGGAAGUAGAGCUCCUGAUACUUCAAUGAACUCUGCUCCAUAUGACUCUCCUAGGCAGCAUAGGAUUCAAAGUAAUAUGGAGGCUUCCUAUGGACUUCAAAGGAACUAUUCCUCCUUACGGGCAAAUUCCACCCAUUUAUUAGAUGAUUAUGCACCGACCUCCUGCCGCAAUCUUGUUGAUGCUGGUGAAAGGCGCUAUUCCAGUGUGCGCAAUCUGCCAUCAUCUGGGGUUUGGGAUUAUCAGCCAGCUACUGUACAUGGUUACCAGAUUGCAUCGUAUAUGAGCCAGGUUGGUAAAGGCAGAAAUUCUGAUAACUUAAAUGCUCCAAUGGAAUUGUCUCCCAUGAAAUCCCCUUCCAUGAGUAGUACAAACUACAGGAAUUCUAUACUUGCUUUGAGGCAAAAGAUGCAGAAUGGUUUAGGUGCUGGCCAACCCCCUGGCUUUGAAAAUGUUUCUACCUCUAUGAAUUGCCGAAUUCCAUCUGAGAGGUCCCAAUAUGACUCUCGCACUUCGGGAUCUACAAAUAAUGCAGUCAGUUCAGUUAAUACUAAGAAGUACCACAGCUUGCCAGACAUUUUAGGAUAUGCCAUUCCUGCCAGGGAUGCUUACAUGUCUGAUAAGAGUGCUCCAUGGGAUAUUUCUGUUGGUGGAUAUGGAUCUUCUGCAAACAUGACUCGAUAUCAGUCCUCAUUAUAUUCAAAUUCUGGAUCGAGGACGGGAGCUCCUUUAGCCUUUGAUGUACUCUCUCCGACAAAAGUCUACAGUGAUGUGCUUUCUUCUCAGUUGAGUUCUGGUUAUGGUACUGGAUCCCUCUGGUCCAGACAACCUUUUGAACAGUUUGGGGUGGAUGAUAAAAUUCAAAAUGUUGCACCAGAUGUUGGAAGUAGGCCCAGUACAACUGCUAAAGAAAAUACUUCUUCUGUGGAUAUAGACAACAAACUUCUUCAAUCUUUUAGACAUUGUAUUGUGAAGCUCUUAAAAUUGGAAGGGUCUGAUUGGUUGUUUAGACAGAAUGAUGGGGCUGAUGAGGAUCUGAUUGAUCGUGUGGCUGCUAGGGAACAAUUCAUUUAUGAAGUUGAAACCACAGAGAUGAACCGGGUCAGUCAUAUGGGAGAAGCUCGUUAUUUUUCUUCUGAUGGGAAAUCUGGUUCUUCAAUGAAGAACAACGAGCUAAAUUGCUCUAGUUUCUCAGUGUCCUCGAUCCCUCACUGUGGGGAGGGAUGUGUAUGGAGAGCAGACUUAAUAAUAAGCUUUGGGGUGUGGUGUAUCCACCGUGUGCUUGACCUUUCACUCAUGGAAAGCCGGCCAGAGCUUUGGGGAAAAUACACAUACGUGCUCAAUCGCCUCCAGGGUGUCAUUGAUCUGGCAUUUUCCAAGCCUCGUAGUCCCAUGGCCCCAUGUUUUUGCCUUCAAGUUCCCAUGGUACACCAGCAAAGGUUAAGCCCUCCUUCUAAUGGCAUGUUGCCGCCUGCCGCAAAACCAGGCCGGGGAAAAUGCACAACCGCAUUAGUGGUGCUUGACAUGGUGAAGGACGUGGAGAUCGCAAUCUCUUCCCGGAAAGGUCGCACAGGAACUGCAGCUGGUGAUGUAGCUUUCCCGAUGGGAAAGGAGAAUCUGGCAUCUGUUCUCAAAAGGUACAAGCGUAGAUUACCCAACAAACCAGUUGGCACUCAUGAAGGGACUCGCAAGAUUCCUACAUCAGCACCAUACAACUUGUAGCAUUUUGCCUCCAGCACCAUGCAUUAACAAAACUAGUGUUCCUUGGGCUGUUUUGUUUUGUGAAGCAGUUCAUGCUGUAGAUCAAGAACAGCUGUUUCCUGUACCAAAUUCCUUGCAGCAGAUUUUAUUUAUUUGUAUGUUACAUACAAGUAGGGUUAGAGUCACUGUAUGUAAUUGCAACAAAAUCAAAGGGGAAAAAAGGGUUAGAUGGAAACUGACUUGACAAUGUUGUUGGAUUAUUUUUCCUUCAUGUCGCAAGUGUAUGCCAGAUGAGGUUUGAAAAGGGUAAAAGUUGUCUGACAGUGACAAUUUAAACCACAAAAAGAUGUUAACAUGUUUAUAAUUUGGGUGUUUUUAAGGCCCAUGGUGAUGGUUGCCUGGAUUUUUUUAUAUCAAGCCUUCUGAGCGUUAAUAUGGUGUUUGGUUGGCCUGCAGUGACAA